CCUAUGAUAGUAAAACGUGCAUUACAGAGCCGAGAGGAAGUAUGCCUCACAGCCAAUGUGUCUGCCUGCCUACCAAACUGCUUAACUGCCUGUGUCCCGACCUGCCUGUCAGCCAAUGUGCCUGCCAUCAAGCCCACCUGCUUCAAACAGGAAGAGAACAAGCCCAAAGCCACAUUAACCAUCUUACCUCGCUUUUGAAGAAGGGAAGCUCUGAUGCUCAUGAGAUUAUUCAAAACAUCCCGACUCUAGAAAAAAUCCUAGAAGAAACAGAGGUGAAUGAGACAACUUUGAUGUCAAAUGACAGCAUUGUCGUCCUUCUACAUAAAUCCACUGAUGACUUUGAAGGUCUGGAGAUUAAUGCCAAUAACACUGAGGCAAGGAUAAACGACAGUGUGGCAAACCUCAAGGUGAAGAUCCUUCUGCCGAGAGAGCUGAAACUUCAAAAGAAUGACACAGCUGUCUUCUCCACUAUUCAGAUACCAAAAGAGGUUGCUUCAAAGGAAUGGGAGACAUUGUAUGAUCACAGAUUUGUUGGCCUGAGUGUGAGUGGCAAGAAAAUUUCAAACCUUCGAGACCGAGUCAACAUCAGCAUAUAUUCAUCUACAAACCUGAGUAAAAUCCAAGAACUCAGAUGUGUGUUCCUCAACACUACAACAAAAAACUUUAGCACUGAUGGCUGUCAUACUUUAUGGAACUACAGUCAGCAUUACGUCACUUGUUCCUGUGACCAUCUUACGUACUUUGCUGUGCUCAUGGUAACUGCAAAGCUCUCAACCAUAGAUGCUGAGAUCCUGUUCUACAUUACCUACAUUGGCUGUGGUAUUUCUCUUCUUGCUCUGGUUGUCACUGUUUUGCUCUUCAUUACCAACAGAAAACUCAGAGCGGAUGAUUCCAAGAAGAUCCACAUCAGCCUUGCAGUUUCCCUCAUCCUCCUAAAUGUCCACUUCCUCCCCAGCCAGGCAGUGGCAGAGACGUCAUCCAAUGAGCUUUGUCUUUAUGUUGCUCUUCUUCUUCACUACUCCCUGUUGGCCUCUUUCACCUGGAUGGCCCUGGAAGGCUUCCAUCUCUACCUUGUCUUGGUCAAAGUCUUCAACAUCUAUGUGAGGAGAUACCUGCUCAAACUCAGUGUGGUGGGAUGGGGUCUUCCUGCAGUGGUUGUGGCAGUUAUAGUGAUCAUUGACAAAGACAACUAUGGUCGUGUGCCUCUGGACUCAUCUAAACCCAAUGAAACUGCAGUAUGUUAUAUAACUGAUGACACGGCGAAGCUGGUGACCACAGUGGGACUGUUCAGCCUGGUGUUCCUCUUUAACGUGAUCAUGUUUGGACUGGCAAUCAAAUGGUACAUGAGUGCUGACUUACACAAGGAGCAUGGACGGAGUAAACAUCACAAAGCCAAGCAAGAGAUUUGCACCCUGCUGGUGCUCAUGGUUCUGCUGGGCCUCACCUGGGGCCUGAUCUUCUUCUCAUUUGGCCACCUGACCACCCCUGGACUCUACAGCUUCUGUAUACUGAACUCUUUGCAAGGUUGCUUCAUCUUCAUUUACUUUGUGUUGAUGUGGAAAAAGUCGAAAGAUGCUACUAGCAAGCUGAGCUCUUCUAAAGUACAAAGCUCUGACACUGGAACACAAGCAAAGUCCCACCCAUAAAGAUGUGAUUGAAAAAUGUAAACAUGCCUGCUGUUUUAUAUCUCACUGUUUUUGUUUAAAAAUAAAUAUCCAAAGAAACAAGCAUUCCAGAUAGUGCUAUCUCAUUAUAACCAAAGUAACCUUCAGUUAUAAGGCAAUCUUCAAUAUAUUUUUUCUCUUUAAGCUUAGCCAUCUAUUGGUUGCUAAAUAAGUGCUCACUCGUUGGACUCAUCUGCUGCCUGGUUUACUCUGGUCACGACCCGGACUGUCUCUUGUUUUUGGAGUAUUGCAUUGCCCUUUGGAUUCUUUAACCACCUCCAGCCACUCCAGUCAUCACCUGCAUGUUCUGCCUGUCAUUGGUCUGAUCUGCUCGCAUCUCCUGUACUGCCUGUC